UCAGAUCGAUCUAAGAUGGUGACAGUGGAACCGGAAACCACCCCCACUCCUAAUCCCCCGCCCACAGAAGAGGAGAAAACAGAGUCUAAUCAGGAGGUUGCUAACCCAGAACACUACAUUAAACAUCCUCUACAAAACAGAUGGGUGCUCUGGUUUUUUAAAAAUGAUAAAAGCAAAACUUGGCAAGCAAACCUUCGGCUGAUCUCUAAGUUUGAUACUGUUGAAGACUUUUGGGCUCUGUACAACCAUAUCCAGUUGUCUAGUAAUUUAAUGCCUGGCUGUGACUACUCACUUUUUAAGGAUGGCAUUGAGCCUAUGUGGGAAGAUGAGAAAAACAAAUGGGGAGGACGAUGGCUAAUUACGUUAAACAAACAGCAGAGACGAAGUGACCUCGAUCGCUUUUGGCUAGAGACACUGCUGUGCCUUAUUGGAGAAUCUUUUGAUGACUACAGUGAUGAUGUAUGUGAAGCUGUUGUUAAUGUUAGAGCUAAAGGUGAUAACACAGCAAUAUGGACUACUGAAUGUGAAAACAGAGAUGCUGUUACACAUAUAGGGAAGGUAUACAAGUAAAGGUUAGGACUUCCUCCAAAGAUAGUGAUUGGUUAUCAGUCCCAUGCAGACAAAGCUACUAAGAGCGGCUCCACCAC